UCGAUCGAAUCGAUUUUUUGCCAUUUCUGCAGUUCCGUGAUUUGAAUUCUAAUUUUGCUUGCAAUUAAUUUAAAAUAAAUAAGGAAACAUAAGGAUUAAACCAAUUCAACAUGCUACAAGAAUACGAGGAUGAUUAUUACCUCGAAGAGGAUAAAAUCGGUACUAGGAAAGGAAAUGACUCAUCCGAUGACAAAAAUUUUCUCAUCUCAGAUCCAAUCGAGAACAGUGAACCUUCGUUACUUUUCGAAAUAGAUAGACCCAAAUCGAUACCUAAUACCAGCAGUAUAACAACCAACGAUUCAGUUGAGAUGGAGGACUUGAACGACAGCACCGGACUGGGCAGAGUCAAAGACGAAAUCGCUUUCGCCACAAACGAUGACCUUCCGGAUCCGGUGUUGUACGCCGAUGGUUGUGUCGAUGACUCGAAGAUCAUUAUGCUUUGUCAGAAGCAAGAGAUGGAAAGGCUGGGUAUGACGGUCAGCUCCGGUACUGUGGUUAUAAAAAAGGAUACCACGAACCUAAUUGGAAUUAGCAUAGGUGGAGGAGCGCCUCUCUGUCCAUGUCUUUACAUCGUACAGGUUUUCGAUGGAACGCCAGCAGCUAGAGAGGGAACACUUCAGAGUGGCGAUGAGCUUCUCGGCGUUAAUGGCGCAUCCGUUAAGGGGAAAACUAAAGUCGAAGUGGCAAAGAUGAUACAGGCGGCUACCGAAGAUGUCACAAUUCACUAUAACAAACUACAUGCUGAUCCCACACAGGGUGAAACGCUGGACAUUGUGCUGAAAAAGAUGAAACAUCGAUUGGUAGAGAAGAUGUCAAGCGGCACUGCUGACACAUUGGGAUUAUCCAGAGCAAUUCUGUGCAACGAUUCACUUGUUAAACGUCUGCAGGAAUUGGAGCGGACUGAAGCUGUCUACAAAGGAUUAGUGGAACACGCAAAACGAAUGCUGAAAGCCCAUUUUGAUGUACUUCAAACAUAUCAGCAAUUCGGUAACAUUUUUGCUGCCAUUAGCGUCCGCGAACCGCAACCUCGAGCUUCGGAAGCUUUUAGGAUUUUUGGAGAGCUGCAUCGCAAUAUGGAAAAGGAUGGAAUUAAAAUGAUCAAAACUCUGAAACCCAUCCUCGCCGACAUGGGAACAUACCUACACAAAGCGAUUCCGGACACUAAACUCACCGUCAAGCGAUACGCAGAUGCAAAAUUCACCUAUCUCUCGUACUGUUUGAAAAUCAAAGAAAUGGACGACGAGGAACACAGCUAUGCCGCUAUUCAAGAGCCGUUGUAUCGCGUUGAAACGGGCAACUACGAGUAUCGUCUGAUCCUGCGCUGUCGUCAGGAAGCGCGAGUAAAGUUUGCCAAGCUCCGUAGCGACGUCCUCGAGAAAAUGGAACUUCUCGAAUGCAAGCACGCAAGAGAUCUCGCCUCACAACUGCGGAAAUUCAUUCAGGGUCUAUCGACGCUUGCUACGGAAACCGUCGAAAGGCUCGAGUCCAUUCCAAAUCUGUUCCCCAUUGAGGUCGACUUGAAAGCAAGUGCGUUCCAGUAUAAGUCUGCCCUAAAAUUCCAACCCGAAGAAGACGUCGAAGAGGAAGUGCAUCAAGCUGAGGAAGCAAUCGAAACGCCCGUUUUGGGUACCCGGAGUAGGGGUUGUGCAUCGAACAAUAAUGGAGGUGCUUCCAUGGAUCAACUGCUUUCUGGCUUCGAAGAAGUUGACCUUAACAACAGUUGCUCUGGAAACCCUACAGACAACACUGAUUUGCUAACAGAAUUGGGUCUAGCGGAUAUCGAUCUCUCCGUUGGAAAACCCCCGCUUGUUGGUACAAGUCUCAUGGAUGAGCUUUUAAUACCUGAGUUGGGCGACUUCGGUAAGUAGAUCGAUCUUGUUGUUAUGAUUUAUACCAAACUAAGUAAAGUAUUUCAGUGUAAUCCUAUAUAUUUGAGGCUUAAUAUAUGCAUUUAUUCGUGUUGUA